AUGCCCUAUAAACUGAAGAAGGAGAAGGAGCCCCCCAAGCUUGCCAAAGGCACAGCCAAGCCGAGCAGCUCGAGCAAGGAUGGUGGAGGCGAGAGCACGGAGGAGGCCCAGCCCCAGCCGCAGCCCCAGCCCCAGCCACAACCCCAGCCACCGUCAUCCAACAAGCGUCCCAGCAACAGCACGCCGCCCCCCACGCAGCUCAGCAAGAUCAAGUACUCGGGGGGCCCCCAGAUUGUCAAGAAGGAGCGACGACAGAGCUCCUCCCGCUUCAACCUCAGCAAGAACCGGGAGCUGCAGAAACUUCCUGCCCUGAAAGACUCGCCCACCCAGGAGCGGGAGGAGCUGUUCAUCCAGAAGCUGCGCCAGUGCUGCGUCCUCUUCGACUUUGUGUCAGACCCACUCAGUGACCUCAAGUUCAAGGAGGUGAAGCGGGCGGGACUCAACGAGAUGGUGGAGUACAUCACCCACAGCCGCGAUGUCGUCACCGAGGCCAUUUACCCCGAGGCCGUCACCAUGUUUUCAGUGAACCUCUUUCGGACGCUGCCACCUUCAUCAAAUCCCACCGGGGCUGAGUUUGACCCUGAGGAAGAUGAACCCACCCUGGAGGCCGCCUGGCCGCAUCUCCAGCUCGUCUAUGAGUUUUUCUUACGUUUUCUCGAGUCUCCUGAUUUCCAGCCAAACAUAGCCAAGAAGUACAUUGACCAAAAGUUUGUCCUUGCUCUCCUGGACCUGUUUGACAGUGAGGACCCUCGAGAGCGGGACUUCCUCAAGACCAUCUUGCAUCGCAUCUAUGGCAAGUUUUUGGGGCUCCGGGCUUAUAUCCGUAGGCAGAUCAACCACAUCUUCUACAGGUUCAUCUAUGAGACGGAGCAUCAUAAUGGGAUUGCCGAGCUCCUGGAGAUCCUGGGCAGCAUCAUCAAUGGCUUUGCCUUGCCCCUGAAGGAAGAGCACAAAAUGUUCCUCAUCCGGGUUCUUCUUCCCCUUCACAAGGUCAAGUCCCUAAGUGUCUACCACCCUCAGCUGGCAUACUGCGUGGUGCAGUUCCUGGAGAAGGAGAGCAGCCUCACUGAGCCGGUGAUUGUAGGCCUCCUCAAGUUCUGGCCCAAGACCCACAGCCCCAAGGAAGUGAUGUUUCUGAAUGAGCUAGAGGAGAUUCUGGAUGUCAUUGAGCCUUCAGAGUUCAGCAAAGUGAUGGAGCCUCUGUUCCGCCAGCUUGCCAAGUGUGUCUCCAGCCCCCAUUUCCAGGUGGCGGAGCGUGCCCUCUAUUACUGGAACAACGAGUACAUCAUGAGCCUGAUAAGUGACAAUGCCGCCCGAGUCCUCCCCAUCAUGUUCCCCGCGCUCUACAGGAACUCCAAGAGCCACUGGAACAAGACAAUCCACGGGCUGAUCUACAAUGCCCUGAAGCUGUUUAUGGAGAUGAAUCAGAAGCUCUUUGAUGACUGCACGCAACAGUACAAGGCUGAGAAGCAGAAGGGCCGGUUUCGAAUGAAGGAGAGAGAAGAGAUGUGGCAAAAGAUUGAGGAGCUGGCCCGACUUAAUCCCCAGUAUCCCAUGUUCCGAGCACCUCCCCCUCUGCCUCCCGUGUACUCGAUGGAGACUGAGACCCCCACGGCAGAGGACAUCCAGCUUCUGAAGAGGACGGUGGAGACAGAGGCCGUGCAGAUGCUGAAGGACAUCAAGAAGGAGAAAGUGCUGCUCCGGCGGAAGUCCGAGCUGCCCCAGGACGUGUACACCAUCAAGGCGCUGGAGGCGCACAAGCGGGCAGAAGAGUUCCUAACUGCCAGCCAGGAGACCCUCUGA